AUGGCGGCGUUCAGGAGAGGUGUGUUUUGUAUUGGUCUGAGGUAAGUUAUCGAGCUAUUAGCUAAUCAUGUCAACGUAAUUUUGUCAAUUCACGUACUAAAUUAUAUAUAGGCUAUGUAAGGACGGUGUAUGUCCAAUGGGUUAACGUUAGUUAGCGUUUGGAUAUGUCGAAACAAAAACUAGCUAUUCGAGCGAGCUACCUAGCUAACGUUAGCUAUAUAUAUAUCAGAUUAUUUAGCUACUGUUCUUAGCUAACUACUCUUGUCGUGGCUACUUCAUUACACUUAGGUUGUGGUAUCUUGAAAUGGCAAUUCACUUCGUGAUUUACAUUUUUUUUUCGCUGUCCUUUUAGCUAUGCCUCAAACUUAGUGAGACUCAGUGGGGCGUUGGUGCGCCGACAGGUCAUGAAAUUCCCCACGACGAUCCGGAAGAACUGGAUAUCCCUGUCUGCUAUUGGUGGCCUAUGUGCAGUGCCCUUCUCACAGGUUGUUUUACACAUUUAAAUGAUAUACAGUUAGCUAGUCAUGCAGCCUAGUAAGCCAGUUGUAGAUUCCUUCAUCAGUUUCAUGUUCCAAUUCAGUGGAAAACUAAACCAAAAAUAAAACUCUAGCUAAACUGGGGCGGCAGGUAGCUUAGUGGUUAAGAGCGUUGUGCCAGUAACCGAAAGGUCGCUGGUUCUAAUCCCCGAGCCAACUAGGUGAAAAAUCUGUCGAUGUGCCCUUGAGCAAGGCACUUAACCCUAAUUGCUCCUGUAAGUCGCUCUGGAUAAGAGCGUCUGCUAAAUGACGUAAAUGUAAAUGUAAAAUGUAAACUAACCAUCCAUCUCUAUGCCCUCUUUUCUAGAAACAAGACAACCUGUCUCAUGAGGCCUUGGUCCGCAGGGCAUCCUCAUUGGUCACAGACAGCACCAACACCUUCCUCUCUCAGACCACCCUGGCACUGGUAGACUCAUUCACACAGUACGUCAAGGUAACCACUUUUUCACAUUACCAUGUGUUAGGGGACAAAAUUAAACUUUAUAUAUAUAUACUUUGUAUAUAUAUACAAACUUUAUAUAUAUAUAUAUAUAUAUAUACUUUGUAUUCCAUGCUAUACAGAAGCUUUGCGGGAACACAGAACACUUUAUUUCAUUAGGAUAGGACUUACCAUAGCUGAGAUCAUAUUUUCAAGUUGUCAGAAAAAGUCACAAAGGUCACGUACAGGUAAAUGUUAAUCCCUAGUUAAUUAUGGCACCAAGUCUGGAUUCUUAAAUUCAACAAAUUUUGUCCAAUAUCACAAGAUAGCGUGGUCAUAUUGUUAUGACAUUUUCAGGGCUGAUGUAGAACAGGGAUGAUUCAAAUUAAAGUAUAUUUUUAUUUAUUUAAAUGUUAUAUUAUGCAAAUUAGGCACGUCAUAUACAAAUUAGGCCGUAUGGAAUACAUAUUUACAGUAAUUUAAGACCAAUAAUUUAAGGUAGGGUGGUCAUAUUAUUAACAAAUCUUAAUGCUUUAUGCAAACCUGAGAGUUUGAAACAAUUUAUGAAAUUAGAAUACAACUUUUUGUACUACUUUAUGGAAAUUAGUUUCUUAAUACACACACCACACAGCAUCCCCACCAACACAGACAAACACCAUCACACACAGCCUAACAGAUGCACACUUCUCACUAAGUCUGAACUUCAACACAAAAGGCUCAAUUAACUGUUAUUUAGCUAUGUUUUUAUUGAUUGUAGGGCUAUAGCCAUUGAAUUCUGGUAGUUUUUACUUGAAAGAAUAAACCAUCAAUCACAAAAUUAGCCACUGGCACAAUAGAGCCAAUGCCACGCAGUGCUGCCUCUUGCCCGGCUCGUUGCCUCCGCGAACGGUGUCAGGCACUCCCACACAGUUAGCAAGCUAGCACUCGUCAUGGAAAUGGGGGUGGCGAAAGGUGAAUUUGGACCAAUCCAUGACAACCUAUACAUCUCUGAAAACAUCAAUGACAGAAGUGAAGAAAACACAUUUGACCUUAUAUUUCAGUCAAAAGACAUCCAAUGACUGUGAAACACCCUCAGGACAUUCCCAUCCUUCUUGGCAAUACAAUGUCACAUCCAUCUUACUCUGACAGGUUGAGGAAUACCCUUGCAAAGAGCAAAUAUGUUCGCACCGAUUUCGCGGGUUUCACAAAACAAAUUUGAACGUCCUUAGCGCGGCACUUGCUUUACAUUUGGGCUCAUGUCGUGUAAAUAUCAUAAUGUAUAGUAUUGGGAUUUUUAGUCAUGGUAGUAAUAAUAAUAUGCCAUUUAGCAGACGCUUUUAUCCAAAGCGACUUACAGUCAUGAGUGCAUACAUUUUUUUGUGUAUGGGUGGUCCCGGGGAUCGAACCCACUACCCUGGCGUUACAAGCUCCGUGCUCUACCAGCUGAGCUACAGAGGACCACUGCCACAUUGUUUUCAAAUGAUGUUUUUGUAUUUUAAUGAUCACAUUGACAUUUCGUUUUUUUGUAGAAUUCUUGCAUAGCGUCCAUUGUUUGUUGUGUCAACUAACAUCCUAAAUAUGUCACUAAAGUGUUUCUCAUAUAGGCCAGUAUUCAGCAUACUUAACUGUAGUAGGGGAGAGUAGGGUAUGCUGAGCUAUUUACAUUCAGCAUCACUACGUCAAGGAAAGUAUAGUAUUCUUUCUAUUAAAGAUAUCUAUUAUAUAUAUCAGGAUGUUGUGUAUCCUUAGAAAGAAUCAGAAUUCAUGGUAACAUACGUUUUGAAAACAUAGCUUGUCCAGGUAAUGGGUAAGUUGAGCAUAGGGACAGGGUAAGUUGAGCCGCCUUGAGGUAAGUAGGUGAUGGUGCUGGUGGGUCAGUUUAAUUCAUGGAAUGGGGGUGUGAUAUAUUGUAUAGCUUAAAUGUAUGCCUACAUUCAGAUACAGAUCUCUCGCUGUUCAAUAUCACUUACCCUUACAUUUCUUGGCCAGUUGUCUGGGACAGGAAUGUUGAUUCGAUGUGCCAAUUCAUAGGAAAGUUCUCUGCAUUUGAGGCUACUAAGCCCAUGAAACUGGUCUGCGAGAUUCUUGAUAUGAUUAGCAAGCUCAGACUCCAUGCCAUCAGAUAAGACCUUGUGUGCCUCUGCUACUCUGUCAUAGCCUCUCUUUCACAAAGUACAUGUUAGUUUGUUUUUUAGUGAAUUUAUCUCUUCAGUGUCAUUCAGUAAAAAAAAAAAAUCUCUUGCUGCUGCUCAAAUGGACUUCUUCUCUUCACUCACUUCCUUGGCUGCUCUCUCAAGAACCUCAAGGGGGGCUAGACCCCUGCUUGUUUUACUUCUGUAUACAAUGAUGUUUGCUCUGUAACAAUGCAAAUAUUGAGUUCAUAUGUAUGACACAUUGCAAAGAUACUAUGCAUAUUAUGUAUAAAACAGACAAAAUAUAAUCAUUUGUAUGGGGUAUGGUGGCUGUUGGCUCAACUUACCCCAAGGCAAACGUUUUGACUAUAUUAGCCCACACAGCUACAAGGAUGCACUUUCAUGCUAGGUUUAGGACCUCAUAUUGUAGCUUAUAAAGACCACGAUGUAGAAAACGAUCUACUUUGGUUUAGAUACAAGCAUCAUGAAACCUAUGACACAAUACAUUAAUUUGACUUUGUGAAAAUCUGUUUGGUUUUUUGGACAUACACUACAUGACCAAAAAUAUGCGGACACCUGCUCGUCAACCAUCUCAUUCCAAAAUCAUGGGCAUUAAUAUGGAGUUGGUCCGCCCUUUGCUGCUAUAACAUCCUCCACUCUUCUGGGAAGGCUUUCCACUAGAUGUUGGAACAUUGCUGCAGUGACUUUGCUGCUUCCAUUCAGCCACCAGCAUUAGUGAGUUUGGGCACUGAUGUUGGGCGAUUAGGCCUGGCUCGCAGUCGGCAUUCCAAUUCAUCCCAAAGGUGUUCGAUUGGGUUGAGGUCAGGUCUCUGUGCAGGCCAGUCAAGUUCUUCCACACCGAUCUCGACAAACCAUUUCUGUAUGGACCUUGCUUUGUGCAUGGGGGCAUUGUCAUGCUGAAACAGGUAAGGGCCUUCCCCAAGCACAGAAUCAUCUAGAAUGUAAUUGUAUGCUGUAGCGUUAAGAUUUCCCUUCACUGGAACUAAGGGGCCUAGCCCGAACCAUGAAAACAGCCCCAGACCAUUAUUCCUCCUCCACCAAACUUUACAGUUGGCACUAUGCAUUGGGGCAGGUAGCGUUCUCCGGGCAUCCGCCAAACCCAGAUUCGUCCAUCGGACUGCCAGAUGGUGAAGUGUGACUCAUCACACCAGAGAACAUAUUUCCACUGCUCCAGAGUCCAAUGGCGGUGAGCUUUACACCACUCCCGUCGACGCUUGGCAUUGCGCACGGUGAUCUUAGGCUUGUGUGCGGCUGCUUGGCCAUGGAAACCCAUUUCAUAAAGCUCCCGACAAACUAUGAUUGUGCUGAUGUUGCUUCCAGAGGCAGUUUGGAACUCUGUAGUGAGUGUUGCAACAGAGGACAGAUUAUUUUUAUGCGCAUCAGCACUCGUGGGUCCCACUCUGCCUGUAGCUUAUGAAUCUGAACUUCUAAUAUUGUCCCAUUUCAGUAUAUGUCGGCGUUCUAAACUAGUGCUUUUGCUUCUAGAAUCACGGAACAUAAGAUGGCAGACCUCUCAGAACACGAAGAAUGUACACUUUGCGGCUGAGUUGUUGUUGCUCCUAGGCGUUUCCACUUCACAAUAACAGCACUUACAGUUGACCGGGGCAGCUCUAGCAGGGCAGACAUUUGAAGAACUGACUUGUUGGAAAGAUGGCAUCCUAUAAUGGUGCCACGUUGGAAGUCACUGAGCUCUUCGGUAAGGCCAUUCUACUGCCAAUGUUUGUCUAUGGAGAUUGCAUGGCUGUGUGCUCAAUUUUAAAUACCUGACAGCAACAGGUGUGGCUGAACUAGCCAAAUACACUAAUUUGAAGCGGUGUCCACAUACUUUUGUAUGUGUGUGUGUGUGUGUAUAUAUAUAUAUAUAUAUACUGCUCAAAAAAAUAAAGGGAACACUUAAACAACACAUCCUAGAUCUGAAUGAAUGAAAUAAUCGUAUUAAAUACUUUUUUCUUUACAUAGUUGAAUGUGCUGACAACAAAAUCACACAAAAAUUAUCAAUGGAAAUCAAAUUUAUCAAACCAUGGAGGUCUGGAUUUGGAGUCACCCUCAAAAUUAAAGUGGAAAACCACACUACAGGCUGAUCCAACUUUGUCAAAAUGAGGCUCAGUAGUGUGUGUGGCCUCCACGUGCCUGUAUGACCUCCCUACAACGCCUGGGCAUGCUCCUGAUGAGGUGGCGGAUGGUCUCCUGAGGGAUCUCCUCCCAGACCUGGACUAAAGCAUCCGCCAACUCCUGGACAGUCUGUGGUGCAACGUGGUGUUGGUGGAUGGAGCGAGACAUGAUGUCCCAGAUGGGCUCAAUUGGAUUCAGGUCUGGGGAACGGGCGGGCCAGUCCAUAGCAUCAAUGCCUUCCUCUUGCAGGAACUGCUGACACACUCCAGCCACAUGAGGUCUAGCAUUGUCUUGCAUUAGGAGGAACCCAGGGCCAACCGCACCAGCAUAUGGUCUCACAAGGGGUCUGAGGAUCUCAUCUCGGUACCUAAUGGCAGUCAGGCUACCUCUGGCGAGCACAUGGAGGGCUGUGCGGCCCCCCAAAGAAAUGCCACCCCACACCAUGACUGACCCACCGCCAAACCGGUCAUGCUGGAGGAUGUUGCAGGCAGCAGAACGUUCUCCACGGUGUCUCCAGACUGUCACGUCUGUCACAUGUGCUCAGUGUGAACCUGCUUUCAUCUGCCAAUCUUGGUGUUCUCUGGCAAAUGCCAAACGUCCUGCACGGUGUUGGGCUGUAAGCACAACCCCCACCUGUGGACGUCGGGCCCUCAUACCACCCUCAUGGAGUCUGUUUCUGAACCGUUUGAGCAGACACAUGCACAUUUGUGGCCUGCUGGAGGUCAUUUUGCAGGGCUCUGGCAGUGCUCCUCCUGCUCCUCCUUGCACAAAGGUGGAGGUAGCAGUCCUGCUGCUGGGUUGUUCCCCUCCUACGGCCUCCUCCAUGUCUCCUGAUGUACUGGCCUGUCUCCUGGUAGCGCCUCCAUGCUCUGGACACUACGCUGACAGACACAGCAAACCUUCUUGCCACAGCUCGCAUUGAUGUGCCAUCCUGGAUGAGCUGCACUACCUGAGCCACUUGUGUGGGUUGUAAACUCCGUCUCAUGCUACCACUAGAGUGAAAGCACCGCCAGCAUUCAAAAGUGACCAAAACAUCAGCCAGUAAGCAUAGGAACUGAGAAGUGGUCUGUGGUCACCACCUGCAAAACCAGUCCUUUAUUGGGGGUGUCUUGCUAAUUGCCUAUAAUUUCCACCUGUUGUCUAUUCCAUUUGCACAACAACAUGUGAAAUUGAUUGUCAAUCAGUGUUGCUUCCUAAGUGGACAGUUUGAUUUCACAGAAGUGUGAUUGACUUGGAGUUGCAUUGUGUUGUUUAAGUGUUCCCUUUAUUUUUUUGAGCAGUGUGUAUAUAUAUAUAUAUAUAUAUCUUGCUUACCACUUUGUUCCAUGUGGUUUCUUCCUUCACAGACUCAUGAAUUGAGGACCUCUUCCUAAAUAUGUGGUCACAUGAUUGAUUUUGUGUAUCGUUUCCUAGAAACAAGGGGUGGCUCAACUGACCCCACUCUCCUCUACUCAGCUUUUACGGUGGAUUCAUUCUACUGUCCAUCCAUAAACUCUGAAAUGUAUUUGUGGCAGUGUUGUGACAGGGGAGUCUGUGGCUUUAUCUUAGGUUUGACACACAAACACAGAUAACCCUACUGUAGCUACACGAGCAGUGUAUGACAUCACAGCAGCGUUCACUUUAGUACACUAAAUAAUAAAAUAAUAUGCCAUUUAGCAGACGCUUUUAUCCAAAGCGACUUACAGUCAUGUGCGCAUAAAUUUUUACGUAUGGGUGGUCCCGGGGAUCGAACCCACUACCCUGGCGUUACAAGCGCCAUGCUCUACCAAUUGAGCUACAGAGGAACACUCUACACUUGUGUACACACACAGUAUGUACUUGCAUGUGUCAGUGUUGGUUUGUUUUGUAAGUUUGUGUGUGUCUGUUAUCCAGCUAGCUAAUGUUUACAUUUUCUCUCUAGACUAUACAUACACUGAUGACCAUACACAAGCACUAUGUUGCCUCAGUCAGCAAGCUGACCCCUGCGGAGGAGGACUCUGUGUGGCAAGUGAUCGUUCGCCAGCGCCAGGAGGUAGGUGUCAACAGAGUGGUUUCAGAGGUCAAAGGUCAUGCACUACUCAGGCCUGCCUCGUUAGCUUAGACUAUUCCCUGUCAACAUUCACUCACUGUAUUUGUUCAUUUAACAUCACAUAAAUGGAAAACAAGAUACAGUUUUGUAUGUAUUUAUUUUUACCGGAUGAAUAACUCAAGUCCUGUCCUUGUCCCAUCUCUUGCUGUCUUUGUCUAGGUGAGUGAUUUGAGGGAGGACUGUAAGAGGUUUGAGUCUAACUGGAUGAUGGCCAUCAACCUCUCCAAACUGGCAGCUGAAACAGCAUACAACGCAGGUACUGUAUCCUAUGUACCUACUCCCACAUUGGAUGAUAUAGAGUAGAUUUGUUAGGAUUUUUAUGUUAACUUCAGGUUGAACCGUCUAUACUCCUACUAGUUAGCCUGGGUACCAGUCUGUUUGUGCUCUCAUUCCACUUCUUGCCACUCCUUGUCAUGCCAAACAUGACAUGAUGGCACAAACAGAUCUGGGACCCGGCUACCUACCAGUGCUUCUGGGUCUAUUGCAAGGAACAUUGGUAAUCUCUCGUUAAACCAUUAACACGUGCUAAAAUUACCUGCACAGCUGAUAUCAAUUGCAACCUUUGGCCACCGAUUUACCAACUCCCUAAAGCGGAUGUCGAGGUUAUUGUAUUCCUGAUUGCUGUCAACAUUUUUCAAGAUGUUUUUGCGCUCUUGUGGGUAUUAUCAUUGGAACAAAUCCUACUUUUUGAACAGACUAAGGGUGAUUUUAACUAUUUGACAAUCAUUCCGUACAACCUGAAAUAAAGUAUUUCCUCAUUUACCAUGGAAAAUCUACUGUGGUAAUUUACCCUACAUGUUGUAUGAAUGGAAAAAUAUUAAUUUAGAUUCCAAUUUGUGUCUUUUAAUUAUAAUUUGUCAGUAAUGUAUAGUAGUUUCUUAGUCAAUUGUGAUGAGUUAUAUCAUUUAUCAUUUUUAUCAAAUGAAAAUGUAGUCAGUUAUUUCAAAUGCACACAUAUAUUAUUUUGUAUUUUAAGAUGAAAGGUUUGAAUGAAGUAUAGGCCUACUACUAUAUUCUGAUGCUCCUGAUAGGUCAUUAUUUCAUUGGGGGCGGGAAUAGAGAACCUAGACAAUGAGUGUCCACCUUCUGUGUCAGUUUUGGACCUUGGUUGUAGACUGUGUGUGUUUUCAGGUGCCGACCAGGCGUCUGUGACAGCACAGACCAGCCUCCAGGUGGCGCAGUCUCAUGUUGAUCAGAUCAGACAGCUCUCUAUGGAGGCAGAGAAGAACCUAAAGGAGUCCAAUGCAGAGGACAGCCAAAGGAUCAAGCUACCUGCUGCCAUGGAGGAAGAAGACAUCCCUGAGGCAUAUCUGCGAGAGGACUAA